AUGCGAACAACAGGUACAUUGUUGAUUGAUCCGGAUCGAUCGCAUUUGGCAAAAGGGGUUGAGAAGGGCGGGGCUAAGGCCCACACCAAAACCAAUCUGCUACGCCAACGGAAGGAGAUCCCAAAGUCCGCCUACAUGGAGAACCACGAGCUCCACAAUCCCCCCCCCCCCGUUUCUCUGCCCCCCGCACCUUCCCCCACCUGGUUCAACCAAGCUCAGCCCGCAAUCAACUUCACGCAGCUUCAACCAGAAGAUCGAUGCCACUGUGUUCUGCGACUCGUUGGUCCGCUUCAUGGCCUGCGUGCUCCUCUGCACGACCGUCUGUUGGAGCUUGCAAGCCUGGAGGAACCAGUGCCGGUCGCGCGAUCAGAUUGA